UCCGGGUCUUUGACCAAUCGGCGCCCGCACCGCGGAGUCGGAGGGGACAGCGAGCGCAGAUAAAAUGUUUGACUUCCAUCCAUCCUCUCAGAGCAUCUUCCCAAUCCCCGCAGGACUGUUACAAACCUGCUAUUUGACUUAAACUCAGCACACGGCGCCCAGCAACUCUUUACGAGGGAUUCCCGUGUCGAGGCAACUUGUUACUGAAGCAGUAGCACAAGGAGACUGCGUGGAGACAGUAGAGAGAGAGAGGGGGAGAGAGAAAGAGAGAGAGCGAAGUAAAGUUGCAAACAAAAGGGAUUAAAAGCGAGAAACGGUGGCAGAUUUAUUUCCAGUCCUACCUGACACACAGUCAGGAAUUAUGACAGCGCUCGCAGGAGGUUUACCGAGAAUGAUGAGACCGAGCCCUCACCAGAACUACCCUCGAGGAGGAUACUCCCUGGAAGUGUCCACUCCGUUAGGACAGGGUCGGGUCAACCAGCUCGGUGGCGUCUUCAUAAACGGCAGACCUCUUCCCAACCACAUCCGCCAUAAAAUCGUGGAGAUGGCUCAUCACGGUAUCCGGCCGUGUGUCAUCUCCCGGCAGCUGAGAGUGUCCCACGGCUGCGUCUCCAAAAUCCUGUGCCGGUACCAGGAGACCGGCUCCAUCAGACCGGGGGCCAUCGGAGGCAGCAAGCCGAAGCAAACCGCCUGUCCAGAGGUGGACAAGAAAAUCGAAGAGUACAAGAGAGAAAACCCGGGUAUGUUCAGCUGGGAAAUCAGAGACAAACUACUGAAAGACGGGAUCUGCGACAGGAACAACGUCCCCUCAGUGAGCGCCAUUAGUCGCGUCAUGCGCUCCAAAUUCGGCGGAGUUGGCGAGGAUGAGGACGACGACGAGGACGACGAAGUGGUGAAGAGGGCGAUGGAGGAAAACGAACCACGGACAAAACACAGCAUCGAUGGCAUUCUGGGAGACAGAUCCAGUCACUCCGACGAGGGCUCCGACGUGGACUCCGAGCCAGGCCUGCCUUUGAAGAGGAAGCAGCGUCGCAGUCGGACCACGUUCACGGCGGAGCAGCUCGAGGAGCUGGAGAGGGCCUUCGAGCGCACGCACUACCCCGACAUCUACACGCGGGAGGAGCUGGCUCAGCGGGCCAAACUGACCGAGGCUCGAGUUCAGGUGUGGUUCAGCAACAGAAGAGCCAGGUGGAGGAAGCAAGCAGGAGCUAAUCAACUGAUGGCGUUUAACCACCUCAUCCCAGGCGGCUUCCCUCCUUCAGCGAUGCCGGGCCUGCAGCCCUAUCAGCUGUCUGACAGCCCCUACCCUCCCACUUCUAUAGCUCAAGCAGCUUCUGAACAGCCCAGUACAGUCCACCGACCACAGCCUCUGCCACCCACCUCGGUGCACCAGAGUGGGCUCAGCUCGUCAGCAGGUUCCCAGGACGGAAGUUCUGCAUACUGCCUGUCUUCUGGACGACACGGCUUCUCAGGAUACUCGGACAGCUUUGUGGCCCCGACAGGACACGCCAACGCCGUCAACCCCAUCAGCAACAGCCUCUCACCGCAGGUGAUGGGCCUGUUGAAUCCAGGUGGAGUUCCCCAUCAGUCCCAGAGUGACUUCGCCCUCUCCCCGUUGACCGGAGGCCUGGAGCCCACCGGAGGCAUGGCCGCUAGUUGUCAUGGCUCCCAGCGCCUCGAGGCUCUACCAGGCCUGACCAGUAUGCCCACUCUGCCCAGCACCCAGUCUUACUGCCCACCCUCCUACACUUCCCCCGCCUACGCCGUGGACCACCACCCCUCCUACCAGUAUGGACAGUACAGCCAGAGCAAGGUGCCUUUCAUUAUAUGAAGCCCCCCCACCCAACCCAACCCAACCCCCCCACAAACAUGGCCUGAACAAGAGGCUUGCCCGACAUUCGUCUUUGGAGAACACCACCACCCGCUGCCUUCGCGAAACUUCCCUAGCCCCGAGGACAGCCAGACAGGGGGAGCGGAUGGGGAAGGUGAAGAGGUUGAGGUGUUCUCCUAUCAGCGCGGAAGGGAACCACUCGGAGGUGCAACGACGGCGAUGAAGGGGGUUGACUGGAAUAAUUAGGACCAAAGGCGCAGACUCUCCUGUUACCUGACGCUCGCUUUGCUUGUGCGUCACGCUCCAAGACCCGAGCAACGGUUCCAUGCUUCAAGAGGAAAGGAAGGGGGAGCGGGGAAAUGGGGAGUAAAUACAUUCAAGAUCUCCUAUUUGAUUUUUGUAAUAAGUGGCAGAGAUGCAAGGCGGACUUUGUAAGCCCCUGGUGCUUCUGUGGCUCGACAGGGGAGGGGCACGUCUUCACGGUUGGAGGCUGGGCGGCGAUAAUGUGUCUUCUGAGAAUUUCUUCAUGACAGUGUCUUGAUAACAAUGUGUUAACUGUAAGUUGAUGUGAUUCUCGUGUAAGACCUCGGAGACCGAAGUUACGCGACUACGACGGCACGAACCGAAGCCACGUGGCGUCACAGUGAAUCCGCUGCAACCCAAAGAAAGUGCAAUACAUUCAUACCUCAUGUAAUGUAAAGGAACAUGGAUCAACCGGCCCUGACUAGACCCUCGAACACACGCGCUCCCUCUUUUCCACGUCAUUAAUGUUGGGUUGUAUGCAUCGAUCAAUCAGGGGAAAUCAUCAAGCGAUGAGCGAUAGCAAACGUAGUCACGAUGUCAUUAAGCCAAAAGAAUUCUCUGCCAGUGAAUACAUUAUUCAGUUUGACAGUUAAUAUUUCCUGUUUUUUUGUUUUUGUUUUUAUUGUUGUUUUGUUUUUUGCAUGUGUUAAAUUAGUUUUCAUCUGGAACUUGCAAAUACCGGUUCCACUUCUUAUUUAUUUAGUGUCGUUCCAGUGUCUUUUCUGUACGUCCUGUAUGAGUGCUCCUCAAUGCUUAAGUCUUACGCGUUUUUUUUUUCUCCUUUUGUAUAAUGUUCAUUUACAGCAGCGUGAAAUGAGUUUGUUGUAUGACGGUUUAUGUAUAAUAUAGCACUAUUUACUAUUUAUAAUAAACUACGUGAAAACUCA